CGCAACACUACAAGUAAAACAACGUUUUUGUCGAACGGUUUCUGCGCGCGCAUGUCUCGUUCCCUCGCAAUCAUAUAAAUUUUCGAAGUCUACGAUUCGUAGAAGAAUGGCUUCGAUUACAAAUUCGAAACCCGCAGAAGUUAACGGUGAAUGUCCGUGUUCGAACAAGCAAUUUAAAAUGGCAAACAAUAAUAAAGUGACUGUUGUCUUGGGUGCCCAGUGGGGUGAUGAAGGAAAAGGAAAAGCGGUGGAUCUCCUUUCUUUGAACUCGGACAUCGUGUGCCGCUGUCAGGGAGGCAAUAACGCUGGACACACAGUUGUGGUGGACGGCAAGGAGUUCGACUUCCAUCUCCUCCCGAGCGGCAUUAUCAACACGAAAUGUACUUCAGUUAUAGGCAACGGUGUGGUCAUCCACCUGCCGGGUCUGUUCGAGGAGCUGAAGAAGAACGAGCUGAAAGGCAUGCACGGCUGGCAGCAACGCCUCAUCAUAUCGGACCGAGCGCACAUAGUAUUCGAUUUUCAUCAGCAGGUUGAUGGUCUCCAAGAAGCGGAAAAGGGCAAGAAUUCCCUUGGCACAACUAAGAAGGGCAUCGGCCCCACCUAUUCGUCCAAAGCGACCCGUAACGGUAUCAGGAUAGGCGACCUCCUUGGUGACUUCACUAUUUUUGAGGAAAAAUUCCGUACUCUAGCAGCGAACUACAAGAGGAUGUUUCCGUCCCUGGAGCUGGACAUAGAGAGUGAACUUGUCAGGUACAAGGAGUAUGCAGAUAAGAUUAGGCCGAUGGUCAAGGAUACAGUAUCAUACCUACAUAAGGAGAUUAAGAAUGGCAAGAAAGUUUUAGUUGAGGGUGCCAAUGCUGCUAUGUUGGAUAUUGAUUUUGGCACCUAUCCAUAUGUAACGUCAUCAAACUGCAGUAUCGGCGGCGUUUGUACGGGAUUAGGCAUCCCCCCCAAUCUAAUAGGGGACGUACUUGGAGUGGUCAAAGCAUACACGACACGUGUCGGAGACGGACCUUUUCCCACAGAGCUACAUGAUGAGACGGGCGAACUGCUGCAGGCGCGGGGCCACGAGGUGGGCGUGACGACGCGGCGCGUGCGGCGCUGCGGCUGGCUCGACCUCGUCAUCGUGCGCUACACCGCCACUGUCAACGGCUACACCGCAUUAUGCUUAACGAAACUGGAUAUACUUGAUACAUUGAAAGAAAUCAAAGUGGGUGUGGCUUACAAAGUAAAUGGAAAGAAAAUUGACUACUUCCCAUCGUCAAUGACCGAACUCAGCAAUGUUGAGGUGGAAUACUUGACGUUACCGGGCUGGGAUUGCAGUACUGAGAAUAUCAGAGAGAUGUCCAAAUUACCAGAGGCAGCGAGGAACUACGUCAGGAUUAUCGAGGAAUUCCUUGAAGUACCAGUGAAAUACAUCGGAGUGGGACAAGGCCGCGAGUCGAUCAUCAACGUCGACUAACAGCUGGACUACUCGUCUGCUUUAGAAAAUUUUAAUGUUACGUAGCACAUUUUGUCUUUAAAUCUCUAGAUACAAGAGCGUUUGAUUAUUUCAUACUAGUUCUUAUACCCGAAUUUAUUCCGAAUCUUAAUAAAGUCUGUAUAAUUACUAAUUAUAAUUACUAAUUACACCCAUAAAUAAAUCUCUUCAAUUUAGACACGUAAUACGGAACACGUACGGAAGUAGAAAAUCCACAUUUUAUUGUUAAAUAAUUUGUAAUAUUCCUUUCGUAAUUAGUAAAUAAAUAUAUGGUAAAAAAAAAACCACCUUACUACUUAAUACCAACGUACUUCCAUAAAUUAUUGUAACGUUAUUACGUUAUUUGAUAUCGAAUAUUUUAAAAUAAAAGUAUGAAUAGUCAAACGCACUCUAAAUCGUAUUAAAUUGUCAAUUUCUCGAUUAAUUCGGGAAUAAAAUGCGGUUUUAGUAAAAAAUAAAAAUAGAUGCCGAUCAUUUAGAAGCAGUAUUUUAUAUUUGAUCACGCUACGCGAGAGCAAUUGGUUAGGAUAUCUUAAAUAUAUUGCAUAUAAUAUAUACAAUCGAUUUUAAUGGAAAUUGUACAAAUUAACAUUAAGAGGAAAGGGUAUCUGAGAGACUUUUGAAAAAUAGGUAUUUGAAUAAAAUGUUCCUGUCUCGCUGUAUGCUGCCGCCGCGCCCCGAGACAAGAAAGGAAUUAUUUACCAAAAUAGCAUUUCGUAGUCGACUACUUCCUCCCCAAAACAUGCCAAAUUGUUUAUUUUUGUUUCUAUG